CGGCCGGUCUUUAGCGGGGCCAGCAGACAGCGCCCUCCUCUGUCCUCUCCUCGCUUCGCCGCCGCGAAUCAAUCGCUGGGACUAGGCGACUAGCGUGCGUACUGCCUGCCACUCACUCGGCUCAGGCUCAUCGCGGGCUGACGGGCUCCGCCUCCGCGCGCGCGCGCGCGAGCGGGGUGGGUGUGGGCCGUGCGGGGGACUGCGACAAGUCGGGUGAGGGUUGUGCUGCGGCCGCGUAACUGAGGGGAGGGGGAAAGAGGGGGAGGCGGCGGCCGGGCCAGCCAGCAUGGAGGGAUCCGCCGCGGAGGAGCUCGAGGCCGCGGAGAGGGUGGUCAUGCGGUGGGACUCCACGGCGUCCUCAGCCGGCGGGGACGACCAGAUGCUGUUCGACGGCGCCGCCGACCGCGCCGAGGCGGAGCGGUUCCUCCGGGCGGUGGACGACCUCCGCCGCCUGGCGCCGCCGGCCACCGUCGGCACCCCGCGCCGCGCCGCCCUUCAGGUCGCCAUGGCGCGGCUCGAGGACGAGUUCCGCCACGUGCUGUCGGCGCGCGCGCUCGACCUCGAGAUCGAGGCGCUCGCGGGCCUCAGCUCGCUCUCCAUAUCCAGCAGCGACCCGAGGAACUCCGACGCCACCGAGGCGGCGGCCACGGGGGGCGACGAUGACGACACCUCCUCCGCGUCGUCCUCCGUCGGCAGGCGCAGCAGCUACCGCUCCCUGCAGAGCAUCCGCGAGAUCGACCUCUUCCCCGUGGACGCAAUCUCCGACCUCCAGGCCAUCGCCUCCCGCAUGGCCGCCGCCGGGUACGGCCGCGAGUGCGUCCAGGUGUACGCCUCCGUCCGCAAGCCGGCCGUCGACGCCGCCCUGCGCCGGCUCGGCGUCGAGAAGCUUAGUAUCGGCGACGUUCAGCGGCUCGAGUGGGACGCCCUCGAGGCUAAGAUCCGCCGCUGGAUCCGCGCGGCCCGCGCCGCCGUCCGGGGCGUCUUCGCCAGCGAGCGCCGCCUCUGCUUCCACAUCUUCCACGACCUCCCGCUGUGCACUUCCACCGCCACCGCCACCGCCGCGGACGACGCGCCCUUCGCUGAGGCCGUCAAGGGCGCGGCGCUGCAGCUCUUCGGCUUCGCUGAGGCCAUCAGCAUCGGGCGCCGCUCCCCGGAGAAGCUGUUCAAGAUCAUUGACCUCCACGACGCGCUCGCCGAUAUGUUGCCUGACAUCUCCGACAUCUUUGCGGCCUCCAAGGCCGCCGAGUCGAUAUACGUGCAGGCCGCCGAGAUCAGGUCGCGGUUGGCCGAUGCCGUGCGUGGAAUACUCUCGGAGUUUGAGAAUGCCGUGCUCCGCGACCCAUCCAAGACUCCAGUGCCCGGCGGCACCAUCCACCCGCUCACUCGCUAUGUUAUGAAUUACAGCACCCUCAUUUCGGACUACAAGGCCACCCUCUCUGAGCUUAUCAUCUCGCGGCCAUCAGCUAACUCUCGAACUGCUGCUGGGGGCAAUGAGGCUACACCGGCCUUCCCUGAUCUUGACCCGCCUGAUCCUGACAGCCAGUUGCCCCUUGCUACUCAUCUUGUCUGGAUUAUUGUUGUUCUUGAACACAACCUUGAGAGCAAGGCAUCACUCUACAAGGAUGCAGCACUGUCUCAUUUGUUCUUUAUGAACAAUGUGCACUAUAUGGUGCACAAAGUGAAGGAUUCAGCUGAACUUCGGGGGCUAAUUGGGGAUGGGUAUUUGAAGCGGCUCACAGGUAAAUUCCUGCAGGCAGCUACAAGCUACCAGCGAACUGCAUGGUUGAAGAUCCUGAAUUGUCUCAGAGAUGAGGGUCUCCAUGUUAGUGGUAGCUUUUCGUCUGGUAUAUCCAAAUCGGCACUACGGGAGCGAUUCAAGGCUUUCAAUGCUGCAUUUGAGGAGGCACACAGGGUCCAGUCUGUGUGGUAUGUGCCAGACACACAACUGCGAGAAGAGCUUAGGAUCUUAAUUUCGGAUAAGCUGCUCCCAGCGUAUAGAUCCUUCCUUGGCAGGUUCCGGCAUCACAUAGAGAACAGCAGGCACCCUGAGCUGUACAUCAAGUACACAGUUGAGGAUCUUGAGAUAGCAAUGGCAGAUUUCUUUGAGGGAUCUCCACCAUCAUCACCGCAUAACAGGAGGAGAUCUCAUGGAUGAAAGAUGUCUUGAAAAAGCUUAGUCUUCUUGCAAUCUAUUCUUUAAUUCUUUGGGGACAGGCCAACAAAUGCUGUUGGGUCUUUUGUUUUGUCCUCCUGAGGGUUAUAGUUGGUGAUGAUAUCUUCGACUAGAGGUAAUCUGAAACGGGAUAAGGAUCUUGAUAAAAAGCUGCCGAAAGUCCCAUUUCUUCUUCCACUGUAAGCGAUCUUUUUUCAUUUGUUGCACUUGUUUAUAUUCUUGUGAGUAGUGUUUAUAUAGGACUGUUCUUUUAGCCAUGUAACAUAGUUGUAAGUUGUAACUUCUGUAUCUGUUUGACAUUUAGCUGAGUUGUUGUAUCAUCGUUUUGAUGGUUCACAUGUAUCUCAAGAAUGUUGCUUGAUAGAUGAGGUGCAAAAAGAAAUUGUAAUGUUAAGGUUAUGCACAUAUGAUGCAAUUGCGCAAUGCCAUUUUUCUGGCCUUGAAGUAUAUGUUUGGAGGAUUUUUCUGCUUUA